AUGAUUCACGUUUAUCUGAAAUCGAAACUCAAGGCUGAAAAAGGAGAAGAAAGGAGACAGAGUCCGGACUGACAGGAGGAGCAGAGAGGAGCCAAAGAAUCCUUCAACUUUCUUUAUCUCACUUUUUUAAACAUUUUCAUCUGUUACCAUGGACUCUGGAAACCACGUUGCCAGUCUGAACGAGUACGCGCAGAGGAGACGAUUGAGUCUCGGUUAUAACUUCCUCGGUUCUGAUGGUCCGGACCACAACAAAACAUUCACCAUGAGGGCAGUCAUAGACGGUAACCUUUAUCCCAACGGUGUGGGGAAGACGAAGAAGGACGCCAAACAAGACGCUGCUAAAAACGCCCUGACACAUUUGUUGGAGAUUGGAAACCAGGCUCCUGUUGAACCUAGUGUAAACGCAGCAGAAGCUUCGGCUGCAGCAGCUCAUCAGACGCCUCCCAGAAGCAUCAACUACAUCUGCUGGCUGAAUGAAUACGGGCAGAAGAACAGGGUGGAUGUACGCGCCGUGGAGUCGGCAGGAGUGGGAGCUAACCAAUGCUGUCACUACGUGGUGGAUGAUAAGACGUAUCCAUCUGCCACUGGGGCGACAAAAAGGGAAGCCAAAGAGAGAGCAGCCAAGCUUGCACAUGAUGAGAUAUGUCGCAGUGAAAAUACACAGACGCCUACCUCAUCAACAGUGCCUAAAGAUGAUGGAGCAUCACCCAUGUUGUCUGCACGCUCAGCUGCACGGACGUCCGAUGAAUCAUCACCACAGAGCACAUCAGGCAGCACCAGUGACUCGAUCGUUUUCGCUCAUUCAUCAAACUCUUCCGGGGCUCAGAUGUCCUUGGGUUUUUCUGAAGUUGGAGCAUCGAGCAGUGAAUCUUAUUCAUCGUCACCAAGAAUGCAGCGAUACCCAAACAGCUCCGGAGUAGGCACUGCUUCCCCCAGCCCGUCUAUGGAAGAGCUCUGCCGUGAAACAGACAGGUUGAAAGUUCAGACGGGUGACGGCCAAUAUGCCAAACGGCCGAGCCCACACCGACAGGACGUCAAUCAGAAGAAAAAGAAUGAGACGUUUCCCUCAAGAAGCUUUACCGCAGACUUUGAUACCAUCCAGGAAAUUAGCAGUGGAGCUUAUGGUUGUGUGUUCAAGGCCAGAGAAAAACUAUUGGAAAAGGAUUUUGCUGUGAAGAUCGUCCUCCAUCAGAAGAAAUCUCUUGAAGAGGUGCUUACUUUAUCAGACCUCCUACACUCGAACGUCAUCCGCUACUUCACAUGUUGGACAGAAGAUUCAGGAUACCAGUGGAAGGAUUUAGUUGGCAGGGGCAGCACUUUCCUGUCGGCAAACAACUCAAAGUUCCUCUACAUUCAGAUGGAGUUAUGUGAAACCAAAACCCUGGAGGACUGGAUUCAAGAGAAGAACACUGAGUCUCUGACAGACUUAGAGAGAAGAGAACAAAGUCUCCACAUCGCUGAUCAAAUAUUCAGUGGAGUCGAGUACAUUCAUUUCAUGAAGAGAAUCCACAGGGACCUGAAGCCUGCAAACAUCCUGUUUGGCCUGGAGGGACAGGUGAAGAUCGGGGACUUUGGUCUGGUCACCAGAGAUGAUCUUUUGAACAAAACAACAUAUGCAGGAACCCCCAAUUACAUGGCCCCUGAACAAAAAACUGGGCAGACCUAUAAUCGAAAGGUGGACAUAUAUGCUCUGGGUUUGGUUUUCUUGGAACUCCUGUGGAAACUCCCGACUGGCCACGAAAGAGCAGAGGUGUUUGAAAAGGCCAAGCGCCAGAAGUUUCCCCCUGAGUUUACUGGACGUUUCCUCUCAGAGGUUCAAAUCAUCAAGUCGAUGCUGAGCGAGAAGCCAGAGGAGCGACCUGAAGCGAGCGAGGUGAGAGCCAAGCUGAAGCGGCGAGCUGAGAGAAGGCUGCAGGAGGACAUGACGGUUUGAAUAUCCAAGAAGAACGUUUGAUUUGCACAUUUCUCUUUCCUUUCGCUGAUGGCUUGAGAUGAUUUGAGGCGCUGCCUCGUGGUGGUGGGCGGAUCUGAAAUUAAAAUGAUUUGAUUGGAUCUGGAGUCCAGACUUUGAGGACUCAUGACUCAACGUUACCUGGACCUGGUUGUCAUGACUACACACAUGACUGCAGACUUGGACGUUGAGAGCUUUUAAAAUUUGAUGUGUGAUUUUUUAAUGCAUUGAACGCCACUUAUACAGGCGUGAGACAUAAAGGUGGAGGUUUGUUUACCUUGUGAAUUCUUUUAAUCCCACUUGUUGUUUGUGAUCCUCUGUCAGUGUAUCCAUUGUCCCGUCUUCAACACGUGAUGUUUGGCUGCUGUUUCAGAAAGCAGCUUCAGUUCACACUCUGAGUCCGUUCACCCUGAAAAGAGGGGGACUCUGGGUUUUCUGUUUCAGUACGGGAGGUCACUGAAACCCGAGAAAGAGGGGUCACUUAGGGUGGUUUCACAUUAGGGAUCCGCUAGACCCCAAAGUCCAGUUUAUUUAAUCAGUGUGAACACAAACAUACUGUACUCGGGUACCAUGCCUGAGUCCGCUUGAAGAGGGGGUCUCGGGUUAGAUUCAUGUGUACUCGAGUACGGUCUGAUGAGAUUUGUGCUCAAACCAGGAAGUGGACCGCUAUAAGAGGUCAUUCUAAAUGGCCCCUAUCGCUUUACAAGCUGUGGCCCCCACGAGAGCUCAGAGUCAGACUGAGAGUUUGCUGAACCUGCUUUCUGAAUCCCCCCCCUCCCCCCGGUCUCUGGAUGACUUUAAGUGUUUAAAUUCAGAUUAAAUAGAAUAAAAUAACCUUCUUUUAUGUCAACAUGAAAUCAUGAACUGUUUAUCAAACUUUUUAAAAAGUGACUUUUCCCUGAAUUCGUCAUCAGCAGACUUUUGAAUCAUUGCUGGAAGUGUUUUGAUCUUUUUACAUCCUUGGGUUAAUAAAAUAAAGGUUCAAAGGGUAAA